CAUUGCCAUCUUUCCAUGCUAACAUACGCAGACUGUAUACUCAAGAGUAUGUGUCUAUCACGCUGGACUCGCUCAUCUUCAAACGCAAGGAGCCCGGACCAGACAACUAUGGAAUCGCAUUGUAUGCAGAGAAGGGGAUUGGGCUGGAUGUAAUCAGAAGUGGUUUCGUGGGUCUGCGUUCCCCGGCUAAGGGUGCCAGUGCUAUAUAUAUCCACAUGGCCGCGGAUAGUGUGCUGAUAGACUCUGAUUCAUACUUUACUGGCAAUAGUGUAUCGGAUGCUGGGUGUGUGGAGCCCUACUGCAUUGCACCGUGGGAUGGUCCGGACCAACACUUGUGCCCCGACGAGUGUUUUGGUGGUGGUGGUGCCGUGUGGCUGAAUAGCUGUUACGGAUCGACGAAGGUUUCAAUAGCGGCGAGAUUCAAUAACAACUACCUCGAGUUCGGCCAUGGUAUGGGUGGCGCUAUAUUCAUGGACUGGAUCGAGUGUCCCGUGACUAUCACAGGCACAUACGAAAACAACACCGCAUCCGAUGGAGGGGCUAUACACAUUGAAAGUCUCCAAAGCUCAGCUAAACUCAAUGUAACCGCGACGUUCACAGCUAAUCACGCUGUCGAUGGCGGCUGGGGUGGUAGGGGGGCUGCUGUACGCGUCCGUGAUAUCACGGCGAAAACCCAGUGCGGCAUAUAUGGUGUGUAUGAGAAGAAUACCGUUGAGAACGGAAGAGGAGCCAUGAUAGCUACCAACAAUGUGCUCGGGCGUCUGACUGUAGAUGCGAUCGCUCGGAACAAUCUGUGUGACGGCCGGGGAGGACUAAUAUCGAACUUGUAUGAGUUUACGGGAGCGGACGCGAAGCUGACGAUGAAAGACACGUGUGUGUUUACCAACAAUACAGCCUCUACAGAUAAAACAGUGGUGCUGAACUUUGAACAACAGGAUAUAGAGAUGAGUGAGGAGCAAUGGCGCCAACAGGUCGGUGACUACGAGGUCAGUGGGCAGGAUUAUCCCGCCGAACAAUAAAUGGCAGCACAAGAGGAGGCAACCGAUGAAUGAGGAUGAAACUUGGACACAAGUCAACGGCAUAGACAGCCGAACAUCGCAAAGCAGUGCAGAAGCCUAUCACUGCGUGUAUUGCGUGAGGUACUGGUCUCAAAGUCGUUGUAGGAAGUGACAAAUAUAUAUAUUUCAAAUGAGGAUUUUAGUGGAAUUAGUUAAAGGGUGUCCUUGGAGUAAAUAAUAAACCACCUUGGGCCGUGAGAUAUUUACCAUUUGUCUUUGCACUGGUAUAUACGCGAAGUCAAAUGGGUGUGAAAACAACUACCGAGAAUUAGGGAUACUGCCGUCGCGUGCAUCUUCGUCCUCUCUAACUUCAAUGUCAGUAGAGCACCUAGUAGGAAUUUACAUGCGCACGUCGCACAUCGAUUUGGGUUUGACUUCUGGGUAUGUUAUUUCAACGUACCCAAAAUAGUGCACACCUAAAAGGAUCUCAAAAAUAUAUAUAGUCUCCUACAAAAGUGCCAUUUUAUGAGUGUAUGAUGUGAUAUGCUCGAUAUUGGAUCCGUGAUUUGAACAUUUGAAAUGACGUCAGAAAGCGUAAUUUAGGUGCUGUAUUGAAGUUAAAAAUAAACAAUCAAGUCGGGUUUCUGGUAUCAUGCCGGAUUCGGGAUAGUGAUCAAAUGAGC